AUGGGGGGGGAGGAGAGCUGCUGGCUCUGAAUAAAACCUUGGCUAUGAUGACCUUCCCCUGCUCCUGAUCUCAUUUAUGCAGUGUUUCUGGCUCAGAUGUUCGGAGUGACACCCUUUUGCCAAAUUCUGCGGUGUGUCUGGCAAGACGGCUCACCAUGGCGCAAGAAGAUGCAGCAUUGCUGCCCACCUUGAAGCUACUGUUGGUUGGAGACAGUGCAGUAGGGAAAUCCAGCCUUCUGCGGAGAUUUACUGAAAACCAGUUUGAGCCAUACCUCAACCCAACCAUUGGUGUUGAUUUUAAAGUGAAGAAGAUGGUGAUUGGUGACCUUCCCCUGCAACUAGCAAUAUGGGACACAGCAGGGCAGGAGCGAUUUCGAACACUGACCCCUAGCUAUUAUCGAGGUGCUCAAGGUGUAAUUUUAGUUUAUGACGUCACCAGGAAAGAGACUUUUGCGGGUCUGGACAGCUGGCUGCAAGAGCUAGAGAUAUAUACAAAGAAGAAUGUUGUGAAGAUGCUUGUGGGCAACAAAAUCGAUGAGACCAACCGUGAGGUCGAGAGAAAGGAAGGCUUGAAGUUUGCUCGGAAACACUCCAUGCUGUUUGUAGAGGCCAGUGCUAAAAUGAAGGAUGGAGUGCAAAGUGCCUUUGAAGACGUCGUGCUAAGGAUACUGCAGACACCAGGACUUUGGAAUGUCAGAAAGGAAAACAUAAAGCUGGCCGAGAGCAGAGCCCUUAAAGAAGCUGAUGCCUGCGGUGCAUCUUGUUCUGUUGCUUAAAACCCAGCUCCUUCCAAUAAAAUAGCUCAAGUGAAACAUACCUAAGAGGCAGACUCCUCCCUCGUGCCCCAUCACAAU